UCUGUGCUUGCAGGGCACUGGGACAGCUGCUGCAGAUACAGCCUCUCAGGUGGCCUGGGCAGCACAGCCUCAGCUCCCUGGCUGCAGGAGGAAGGGGUCUGGCUGCAGGAGGCUGCCCAGCAGAGGCACCGAGUCCUGGGGCUCUGUGGAGCGAUGCCGCUCGUGUCUGACACCUACACGGCAAAGCUCCUGGAAGGGCUCAGCAGCCUUCGCUCGCAGAGUGCGCUGUGUGACGUGACACUGGAGGCAGAAGGGGUUUCCUUUCCAGCACACAAGAUCAUUUUAGCAUCAGCAAGUAACUACUGCAAGGUCCUGUUUGUAGGAAACUCGGACAGAGCAGAGAGCCCGGAUGGUAACAUCCACCUGGAAGCCGUCAGCGCUGCGGGGCUGAGGAACGUUCUCAACUUCAUCUACUCCAACAAACUGGAGCUCUCAUUACAGAAUAUUGAGGAGACCUUCAAAGCUGCAGAAAGCCUCUUGGUCAGGGAAGUGCUCAAGCUGUGCUUUCGCUUUCUGGAGGACUGCCUGGACUGUGAGAACUGCACCCACGUCCUUCACAUCGCCAAGAGGCUGGGCCCCGCGGAGCUGAGGCGGAAAGCCACGUGCUACGUCAGGCAGCACUACAAACAGAUCCUGGCUGACCCUCAGUGCUUCAACGACCUGGACCGAGGAACCCUUUGUGAAAUCUUAGACAGGACAGACAUGGAGGGCUGCAGUGAGCUGGAGCUGUUCAGAGCUGCUGUGAGGUGGCUGCAGCACGACCGCACGCGGCUGAAAGACGCGGCUGGUAUUUUAAGGCACAUAAGAUUCCCUCUCAUCCCCCUGCAGGACCUGCAGAGAUACGUCCAGGAAACACCUCUGAUGAGGCUGGAUCCAGGCUGCCACAAGUACCUCCAGGAGGCUCUGAGUUACCACUCCCAGCUGUAUGCUCAGCCCGUCCUGCAGACUCCAAGCACCAGCCUCCGCUCGGGUUCCACGGUGCUGCUUGUGGCUGGCGGCAGAACUGCCCAGAACUGUGUGUGUGGAGAGAUGUGGGCAGCAGACAGGAGCUGCAGCACUUGGCACAAGGUCGGGGAGCUCUGUGUGCCAGUGUACAACCACUGUCUCGCCAUCAUCAAUGACUUCCUCUUUGUCAUCGGGGGACAGUGCAGGUUCGAUCCCAUGGGAAAGCAGCCAUCAAAUAAGGUGUUCCGGUUCGACCCGCGGGCCGGGGCCUGGCUGCAGGUGUGCAGCAUGCGGGAGCGACGGACGCGCUUCCAGGCGGCUGUGCUGGCCGACAGCAUCGUGGCCGUGGGCGGGGGGACGCUGCUGGGGGCCCUCACCCGCUCCGUGGAGUCCUAUCGACCCGCUCACAACAGCUGGGAGCUCACGGCUCCCUUCCCCACACCCAUCGCUGACCACGCAGCCACCACACACAGGGGAAUCCUCUACGUGUCAGGGGGCUUCUCUGGGGGUAAAACCCUACGAGACACGUACAGCUACCUGCCUCGCCUGCGCCGCUGGGUUGGCAGCAGCGCCAUGGCCUUCGCCCGCUGCGACCACGGCAUGGCUGCAGUGGGGGACAGCAUCUUCUGCAUUGGAGGAAGGACACUCAAAGGAGAGGAGGAAUGGAUCCAGGUCAGCGAGAUGGAGCGUUACUGUCCCGUAAGGAACCAGUGGACAACGCUGACACUGUCCCCACUCAGCUGCUGCCAGUUCAGCAUCACAGCCCAUGACACCACCCUCUACCUCACAGGGGGUGGGUCACUGCAGCACAUGCAGAAAGAAGACAGUGUUUUCCUGUAUGACACAGAGAGGGGGGUAUGGAGGGAAGGCAGUCCCUUGCCUAAAGCUCUGGUGGAUCAUGCCUCUUGCAUGAUUAAACUGUCCCAAGUGAACACAGCUGGUGAGAUGGGGGGAGGCACAAAGUGCUCCCCCGUGGGCAGGAGGAAGAAAUCUACCCUCAGCUUCUUCAUCACAAAGAAACAAGAGCCCCCCUCUGCCUCAGAAAAGAGGUAGGAUGUGAAUAUGUCAAGCAGAGCUGACAGUGUUUGCCAAGACAUUAGUAUUUUAACAGCUUCUAGCUGACAGCCAAAGCUCUUCAGCAGUGACAGGGAGCUGGUACCUUUCUGCCUUGGUGCCAUCAUGGUGACAUGCAUCAUUUGCAAAACAAAGGAAUUAGUUCCCAAUCCCACUAAGCUGCAUUAAACCCAUAGAAUUCCUUACAGCAGAUCUCUGUCAGAACCUGUUUUCCUGCAUAAUGACCAAGGCAGGACUUAUGCUUAAUGAGCAACUGAAGAGAUCUUACGAGGAAGUUUUCAGAAGAGCUUUGAAUUCUGCCUCUUAACAUCAUUUCCUUACAAACACUUCUGGCUGACAAAUGAAGCACUCAGAGAUAAAUAUACAGAAUGUAUUUAAGACUGUCUUGCCACUGGAUUGAGACCAUAGGGGACUGUGAUGACAGCCUUGUCCUCAACAAGCACAGCAGAGAACUUCCUUCAGUGAACGUGCACUGACUGUGUGACUGCCUGACCUGGACUAUGGGUAAACUUCUAGGAAAGAACCAAGUACCUUAGAAGUCCACAGCUCACAGACAGUGAACAGGCUGAGGGGCUGCAGUGGUUGAGAAACCUGACAAAGAUAACUAUAGAAAGGUGAGAGAAUGAACCCAUGGGCCACCCUGAUGGACAAAGCCAAUAUGGAGCAACGUGUCCCAGUGGGAGAUGGGAGUCACAGCAGCUCCCACAGUGCACAGCCCACAUAACAACACAGCUGCUGUGCUUACAGGUGCUGAAAACCCAGUAAGAGACCAAACUGAUACUAUCAACUCACCAACAAGAGCAGCCAGGCCUUCAAUUGGGUCUUUGUGGGCGAGGAUUUGUUGACAGCCAACCUGGAUGAGACACAUGACAGGCACAUUGCAGACAGGACAGUUAGCAGCCUCUGCUCUCCUAAGGGCUAAGCUGGCAGAUUCAUUACAAUGAUCAUUUCCACAUUGUAUGGAUCAGCAGCUUCCCAACAGGCAUCAGGUUUUUGGGAUUUUCUCCUUUCUAGCAAGAAAAUACAUAGAAACAAGGAGACAGGGCUAGGACAAACAGUUCCUUGGCAGCUGUGCCAAGGUGUAUCACCUUGUGAUGUGUUUUAUCACCCCAGUGUUACACCACAGCUCCUUCCUCCUACAAUCACAAUAUUUUAGUGACCACCUCCUGCCUUCCAGUGCAGCACAGCCUGCACAGCCUCUUGCCCAGGCUGUAUUUUACCCCAGGUAGGACUCAAACCACAAAUGGCCCAAGGCCAGAGGCCCAUUGCUGUGUGUGCAGCAGAGAGCAGCAGCACAAGGCCGAUGGCAGGAAACCAGCAACUGGUGAUGUGAGGUCAAAGGUGGACCCUUUCAAAAGCAGCUGGUGGCUGAGAGGCCUCUGUAACCCCCAGAGAACCAGGUCCCUUUCCUACACUUUGCCACCUCCAACUCUUGAGAGUUCACAGCUUUUCCAGUCCCCACAGCAGCAAACCUUUCUCUGCAUUAUCCUGAGCUGCAUCAUCUUCCUGAGCAACACUCAGAAAGGAGAGAGACAUUUUUACAUCUCCAUCCCUGCCUGGCAAGAAUAAAUACAUCUAUGAGGGUGUGUUGAGAUGGUCUACAACAAAGCUACUUGGUUGUUUUAAAAACCUACAGCUUUUUAGUGCCUAAAGGCUGAAGACAACAAGCUUGCUCAGGCUUUGUGUCUCUAAGGUGAAGGCAGAGCAGGGUAGGAGUGAUCCAGCCAAGCCUCCCCUGCUCACUCCCAUCCUGGCACUCACCUUCACAGGAUUGGCAGGGAGGGGACCCAUGAAAUCAGUUUUGUAAGGGUAGUCCAUCAUGGCCAUCAUGGUGAAGGCAUUUCUAGCAAAGCCAAAAAGCUGAUAAACAUCCUCCUUGUUCGAGAUCUUACUGCAUGUGUUCAUUUUGCUGCUGAUUUCAUCAUAGGCUGCAGGAGGGAGGAAAAUGAAAGACACAAAAUUCAACAGGAGAAAAUAAUACCAGGCUUCAGCAUCUCCUUUCACUCAGGAGCUGUCAUAACACAGAGAUGAGGCUUCUAGAGGGAAGGACACAUUACUUCUCAGUUUACACACAGGUAAACGUUCAGACACAGCCUUCCUGUGCAGCUUCACAGCCCAUGGCCCACACUCUGCCCUUCAUGCAGCCACUGACAUGGCCCUGGAGAGCCCAGAGGGAUCAGCACCCACUGAGACAGAGCAAUCCUGGGUGACACAGGGAGAUGAGCAGCCUGGUACAAGCCUAUUGUUGCUAGUGCCUGGCCUGGCUGCCCUCUUAGCUCCACAGGCUCCUGCUCUAGGGUCUGAGGAGCCCUUGAGAAGAUGGGGCCAGUCUUUUUUCUGAAGCACCCAGUGACAAGAGGUAAAGGACACAAGCUGGAACACAGGAAGUGUCACUGGACCAGGAGGACAAAGCUCUUUGGUGCUGAGGUGAGGGAGCCCUGGCCCAGGCUGCCCAGGGAGGGUGUGGAGGCUCCUUCUCAGGAGGUUUCCAACCCCACCUGGACACAUUCCUGUGCCCACUGAGCCAGGAGAACCUGCUCCUGCAGCAGGUUGUGCUGGAUGAUCUCUGCAGGGCCCUUCCCACCCCCACCAUGCUGGGAAUCUGUGUGACUGUGUAAUUGAACACCCAGCUGAAGUAAAACUGAAACAACUCUUCUCCCCGUGGCCGGGGCUGGUUCUGGCUGCCCUUGGGAAGCCAUCUGCUGGGCUGCCUCUCCUUACCUCCACUCAGGCCCAGAGCCAUGAUCUGCUGGAAGGCUCUACGGACAGCUGAGUCACAGCCUGGGAUGGACUUGUGGAAAUCCUGAAGGGACAGAAAGGACACAGCAUUAGGGUUGCACAGAGGAGAUCCGUGUGGGGGCUGCGUCAGGAGGAACCGACUGAGGUACCAGAUGUCAGGGGUUACUGGCCCACUGGUCACAACCUCAUCUGCAUCUCCAGGAGCAGGGACACCAGUCCUCCUGCCUUGUCCUCAGGCAAUCAGCACAUCCCAGAAGAAGCCAACAGUGUGCACAGCUCAGGCUGAGUGCUUCAUGGAGCCAUUGCACUGAUGGCAAAGCAGGGAGAGGAGACACAAGCCUUGGCUCAGACAUGGCAGGAGGGGGCCAGGCUCCCAGGCCCAAAAGGGUUUUCUUGGUUGUUUUUGUUUCAUUAAAACACACAAGAGAGUCCUUCCAGCUGCACUUUGUCUAUGAGAAGGAGUCAUGGAGAAAUCAGUUAUGAACAGAGGGCAGAGCACUGCUUUGGGAACCAACACCUGCUUUUCUUAAGCCUGCCAGUGACCUGCCAGACAGCCAAGAAGGCUAAGUCCUUUUUCUUGGAAAGAAAACAUUACUGAUCCUCAAAAAGCACUUUAAGGUAUGUUUGUCUGAUAGUUGGGAUUAGAGAAAUCACCUUGAGGUUUUACACAGUUUACCUGGGCUUCCCUUUAGGGCUUCCAAAUGUCUUUGAGCUGGGGGCUCAGGAAGUGAGCUGGAAAAGCUCUGUACAACUCACAGUGAAAGCUGCAUGCUGACUCACAGGAAGAGAGCACUCCAGCAAUGAUUCAUGAAAGGUUUGUCCCUUCAUUAGUAUGAACAGGUCUCAGGGGUGUUUUCUCACCAAAAGCAGCCAUUGAAUUCAGGUUUCAGAUGCACAGAUUGCUUUUAUGCAAACAUGCUGCAGGGGGAAGGAAUCACUUUGGAAAGAACACAAAGUGCUGCCUUAGACUCUCAGAGCCCAGAGGUCAGCUUACUGCUGCAGGGGGGAUGGAUUUUAAAAUGAAUGGAGAAGCUUUCUCACAUGAAAAGGUCAAAGCCUUAAUUUCAGGGCUGUCUAAUAACUCUCAGCACAUUCACAGCUGAAGCAAGACAGCUAUCAGCUGAACAAAGCUUCUCAGAAGAGAUUACCUUCAGCCACAGAAGAAUCCCCAGUGCAGGACCUGGGGCAUUCCUUGUCUUUUGGUUUAAAUGUGUACUUCUAAGGCAAGAUGGCUUUUAUUCUCUUAUACAAUUUCCAAAUGCUAUUGUGUUUCUUUGCCAUAUAAUAAUCUCUUCUUCACACUUACUGCCACUGCUCUCUGUGCUGCAAGUGUCUGCAUUGAAGUAAGCAUUUUUAUAUCAGUAAGUGCAAAAAGACCACAAGUUUCAUCCACAGGUAGCUCAUCCAAAGGCAUCUAUCACCCACACCUAAGAACUCAUGUCAAAACAGAGGCAAAAAGGGAAACCAUCAUAAGAUAUCAGUACUCCCAGGAUAUUUGUAUCCCUAUCAAUUAUAUUUCAGUCAGUUGUAACCAAUAUCCUCUUCCUAUGGGUCUUAUGUCCCCCAAAAUGUGAAAGCCACACUUCAGCUUCGGUCUGAAGUGAAGCCAGGACACCUUGCUUAUUUUUAGUUAGUGAAAUGAAGGUUUCCAAGCUUCUCAUGGGAACUGAAUCAUCCUGGGACUAAGGAGCUGCUGUGAUUCACUGAUAUCAAUGCAAAACACAGCAUCUGGGGAGAGGAUAUGAAGGAUAAAUUAUUCAAAGGGAGUUCAGCCAGGCACAAAGGAAAAUUUCCAGGCUGCAAUAUGGUGAAGUCAGUAGAAAUGAGAAGGUGACUCCUGAGUGGCAUUAAGGUGCUAGAACUGAGUUGUGCUGCUCUGGAGAGCUCUGAGCUGCCACAGCUAAGGCUGUGCUCAGCCACCACAUCUGCAGCUGCUGCUUUUCCUUGGGGGUUCCCAUUUAACUGCACUCCCUGCCCAGCACUGAUGCUGGGAAGACAGAUGUCUGUUUGAACACAUGGCAAAGGAAAAAAGAAUCCAAUCUUCUUAAAGGGAGAAAACAGUGCUCCUGAAAAGAGGUGCUACUUACUGCUGUUACAUCUCUGAAGAACUGGCCAGGGUCUCCAAGCCCAGCCACAGACAGCAGAGGAGCACUGGCAGCUAGUGCUCCAGCCACAAUGUUUGGGUAUUUCAUCCUCAUGUAAGCGCUCAGCAUUCCUCCAUAGCUGCCACAGCAGAGACAAAGCAGUUAUUGCCUUUCACACACUUACAGAAUCACAGAGUCUCAAGGGCUGG